CGGCUGGCUGUAUAUAUAUCUAGAGGUCGCUGACUGCAGUUAUUCUUAACUCGCCGCCAGCCUGCAAGGAAUAUGAAUAGUACUCGAGACAUUUAACAUAUCUCCUGUCUGGAUUUGCCCCGGCCCCUUACUGCCGUCAUAAAUUUAUUUAAAAUUAAGGUGCCAGAACCGAACUGGUUAUUCGGGAGUGGGACUGCUUUCGGCAACUUCUGAGGACAACGCGAUCAAAAUACAAAGCGGGCGGCGUUUGUUCAUUGGGAAGUAGACAGCACCGGAGGUCGCGAACGGUUUUUCGCUUUUCAAGUUCCCGCAGCCCAAACAUGAGGGUUUCGUUGGCAAUAACGCUCCUUGUUCUCGCCGCAAUUUCAUACAACCGUGCGGUGGGAGCGGCGAUCGAUGGCUACGAGAGUGAAGUCACUCGAAGCCGCAGGAGGGGAGAGAAGGAUAUUCUGUCCAUCCUAGGAGGGGUGCUUGAGCAAGAGCCGACUGCGGAGACGGCAGUCGAGCGCUCACCGGCUGAGCGAGCAGUCGAAACGUCGCAAGUGGCCUUGUAUAAAUCUGCGGAAAAUUCGACUGUGACUGAAGAGGGGAAGAAGCGCAAAGGGAAACGUGAGAGAAAAAACAAACGUGGCAAGAAAAAGGGUAAAAGAAAUCCAUGCUACAGAAAGUACAAGGAUUACUGCUUCCAUGGGGAAUGCCGGUACUUGCACAACAUUAACGAGGUAGCAUGCAGGUGUUUCCCCGGAUAUGAUGGCAUCAGAUGCCACAGUUACAUUUUAGCCGUGGAACAUCCAAAAGAUCCAAAUGAAAACACAACUACUCUAGCUAUUGUGGCCGUGGUCCUCUCAUCACUUAGUCUGACUGUAAUCCUUGUUCUUCUAGUUCUUGGGUAUCACAGGCGAGUUGCCAGCUAUAAUGUAAAAAAUGAAGAAAAGAUUAAACUUGGAAAUAAUAACAGUCACUGAUUUUUAAAAAUGGUACAAGAUGCCUAUAAAAAUCUACCUCAUUGAUGGAAGAAAUCAUGAAAGAAAAGGAGUGAUGUAAACAGUCAAUUUGUUCAUGUAUUGAAUGAGUAAAGUGACUGCAUCCAUUGGAUGCAUAUGUAUUGCCCAGUAGCUGGGAGACUGUAAAUUACAGGUGUACCGACCUUUUGCAUUUUCUGAUUAUACUGUUAAUAUUUAAAGCAAUUUAUUUAUAUCUGGUUCUUAAAUUCUCAGUACAUAUUUAUUUUACUAUUUUAUAUCUUAACUUAUUUAGGUUAUUUGCAACUUACUAUUUAAAGCAUGUGAUUUCUGCUGCUGCCUGUUUAAAAUGUGUACAUGUGUUCAUAAGACAUAUUUGAAUAGUUUCUGAUGUAAAAUGCCCGCCCCUAACAGUAAAUAAAUAGCUCAUUAUGAAUUGGUGUAAAAUAAAUGUUUUUUUAUAUGUACUAGUCCGAUCCAUUGGAUUCCUUUAUUUAAACACAAAGAAAUUAUUAAUACAAUUUCACAGAAAAUAAACAAAUGGUUUGUUAAAUGAGUAA